ACGCCGCGGGCCCCCAUGCCGGCGGCCAACAUGCUGGAGAACCUGCAGCCGCCCGCCCUGCAGGUGCCCGAGCCGCAGGGCGCGCCCGAGGGCAGCCCGCUCUGGUCCAGCUCGUCGACCCCCACGCUCCGCCGCCGGCGCUUCAAGAUGCGCCGCAUGAAGAACGUGCAGGAGCACAGCCUGGAGGCCGGGCUGGCCCGGGACCUGCCCGGCGUCUUGGCCCCCGGCAAGGAGUUCCUGCAGCUGCCGUCCAUCGAGAUCACGCCCUCCAGCGACGAGGACACCCCGUGGUCCAACUGCUCCACACCCAGCGCUUCCCCGCGCCGAAAGCGCUUCCUCCUCCGCAAGUGGCUCAGGGUGAGGGAGCGGAAGGAGUGCAGUGAAAGCAGCAGCCAGCAGAGUAGCCAGCAGAGCAGCCACGACGAUGAUUCCAGCAGGUUCCUGAGUCCUCGAGCGCGGGAAGAAAGCACUGCCAGUAACUCAAACCGCAGCACGCCGGCCUGCUCCCCCAUCCUCCGGAAACGGUCUCGCUCGCCAACCCCGCAGAGCCCGGACGGAGACACCAUGGUGGAGAAGGGCUCAGACCACUCCUCGGACAAGUCCCCGUCCACGCCGGAGCAGGGCGUCCAGCGCAGCUGCUCCUCGCAGUCCGGCCGGAGUGGCGGCAAAAAUUCCAAGUCUCACAAGCGCCUCUCAAAAUAUGACAGACUUAACCUGAUCAAAAAAAGCCAGAGUUGGUAUAACGUAUUAAGCCCAACUUACAAGCAGAGAAAUGAAGACUUCAGAAAGCUCUUUAAGCAACUUCCAGACACGGAGCGCCUCAUUGUUGAUUACUCAUGUGCACUCCAAAGAGACAUUCUUCUUCAGGGCCGACUCUACCUCUCUGAAAAUUGGAUCUGCUUCUACAGCAACAUCUUCCGCUGGGAAACUCUGCUGACUGUCCGUUUGAAAGACAUCUGCUCCAUGACUAAAGAAAAAACAGCUCGCCUCAUUCCCAACGCCAUCCAAGUUUGCACUGACUCAGAAAAGCACUUUUUCACUUCAUUUGGAGCCCGGGAUAGGACGUACAUGAUGAUGUUCCGGCUCUGGCAGAACGCACUCCUCGAAAAGCCCCUCUGUCCCAAGGAGCUCUGGCACUUUGUUCACCAGUGCUAUGGGAAUGAAUUGGGCCUUACCAGUGACGACGAGGACUACGUGCCCCCCGAUGACGACUUCAACACUAUGGGCUACUGUGAGGAGAUCCCCGUGGAAGAGAAUGAAGUGAAUGACAGCUCGUCGAAAAGCAGCAUCGAGACCAAGCCAGAUGCCAGUCCUCAGCUACCCAAGAAAUCCAUCACCAACAGCACGCUGACAUCCACAGGGAGCAGCGAAGCCCCCGUGUCGUUUGAUGGCUUGCCCCUGGAGGAGGAGGUGCUGGAUGGCGAUGGGUCCCUGGAGAAGGAGCUUGCCAUUGACAACAUCAUCGGGGAGAAGAUGGAGAUCAUCGCACCCGUGACCUCCCCUUCGCUGGACUUCAAUGACAACGAGGACAUCCCCACCGAGCUCAGUGACUCUUCCGACACCCAUGAUGAAGGGGAGGUCCAGGCCUUCUACGAGGACCUGAGUGGCCGGCAGUACGUGAAUGAAGUCUUCAACUUCAGUGUGGACAAGCUCUAUGACCUGCUGUUCACCGACUCGCCCUUCCAGCGGGACUUCAUGGAGCAACGGCGAUUCUCCGAUAUCAUCUUCCAUCCAUGGAAGAAGGAAGAGAAUGGCAACCAGAGCCGAGUGAUUCUCUAUACCAUCACCCUCACCAACCCUCUGGCUCCUAAAACUGCCACUGUCAGGGAGACACAGACCAUGUACAAGGCGAGCCAGGAGAGUGAAUGUUACGUGAUAGACGCCGAGGUCCUCACGCACGACGUGCCCUACCACGACUACUUCUACACCAUCAAUCGCUACACCCUCACCCGCGUGGCUCGGAACAAGAGUCGACUCAGGGUCUCCACAGAGCUGCGCUAUCGAAAACAGCCCUGGGGGUUAGUGAAGACCUUCAUCGAGAAGAACUUCUGGAGUGGGCUGGAGGACUACUUCCGCCACCUGGAGAGCGAGCUGACCAAAACGGAGAGCACCUACCUGGCUGAGAUGCACAGACAGUCUCCCAAAGAGAAGGCCAGCAAGCCCCCAACAGUACGGAGGAGGAAGCGCCCCCAUGCUCACCUGCGGGUGCCUCACCUGGAAGAGGUGAUGAGCCCCGUCACCACACCCACUGAUGAAGAUGUGGGCCACAGGAUCAAACACGUGGCAGGUUCCACGCAGACACGGCAUGUCCCCGAGGACACCCCUAACGGCUUCCACCUGCAGAGUGUGUCCAAGCUGCUGCUGGUUAUCAGCUGUGUGAUCUGUUUCAGUCUGGUGCUGCUGGUCAUCCUUAACAUGAUGCUCUUCUAUAAACUCUGGAUGUUGGAAUACACCACCCAGACCCUCACUGCCUGGCAGGGUCUGAGGCUCCAAGAAAGGGGUCUGGGAGCACAGGAGAGUCCACUGAGCAUAACUCCAGCUGCCAGGGUACCCCUUCUUCUACCCCACAGGUUACCCCAGUCUCAGACAGAAUGGGCCCAGCUCUUGGAGUCCCAACAAAAGUACCACGACACUGAGCUCCAAAAAUGGAGGGAGAUCAUCAAAUCCUCAGUGAUGCUUCUUGACCAGAUGAAGGACUCUCUCAUCAAUCUUCAGAACGGCAUCAGGUCCCGCGACUACACAUCAGGAAGUGAAGAGAAGAGGAACCGCUAUCACUGACCAGGCUGUGGGACAAUCAUCCCAUCUACCACUUGACAUCCUUGACCCUCGUCCCCCAGCCUCCAGCAGGCUAUCCCCACUCCCUCCACCUCUAUGUUUUCUUCCAGAAGAUGCGUUUUGGGUCCGAGUGGAGCGAUUUUCUGGAAGGCCGUCUUUUUAACGCCCCUGCUUCCCUGAUGUGGAGUAGGGAUUUGCACAAGGUGUAGAGAGCUCCCUCCCCACCUCUCUGCCCAGCCUUGUUACCUCACUCCUGCUCCAGCCAUGGCUGCAAUGGGCCCAGCCAGCUCCCUGUCUUGGUGUUCUGUACGACAGCUCAGGGGUCUUGGGCAUUGUUUUCUGUUGUGACUUGAGGUCCUCAGCAGGCCUGGGAGCCUGGAUUGGAGCCUUGGCUGCUGGUGAGAAGCACCUUGCCUGCCAAGAGGAGCUGAUGCCAGACGAUCUACCCGACAUGUGAAAGCAUAAAGAAUCUUGUCAUCUCUGCCCCUUGGCCCCCUUGCUUCUCUCGACACAGUGAGACGCUGCAGAAGCAAAAUGGCGGCCUCUGCUCCAGGCAAGACAGCUGGCUGUCUGGGGAGUUGGCCCUGGGCUUGGAUGCCACGUGCUGAGAUCGCGUAACAAAAGCAACCAUAUUUGCCAACAGUAGUGUGUGGCUCCCCACAUUUCCCUAUCCUGCACUCUAGGGCCAGACCACUCUCUGCAUGGACCAGAUCAUCUUCCCAAACCCAUGGUGCUUUUCCCCCCACUCAGCCUAGACUUCAAGGUGGGGAGGAUGGGUCAGAGGCCAUAGUGGCCCCUGGAUAAUCCUGACAAGGGGUGGAGUGGGGUGAGGCAGAGGGAGCAGCCCCCAACACCUGCACUGGGCCAUAUAUGGGAAAGAACACAGGUUGAUUGCAGUCGAGUUGUCUGGCCAUCUGUAUUUGGAUCUAUAACUGUACUUUGCCUGGCGCUGUGCGCAAGGUCUGAAAACUUAACUGCUAUUACCUAGAAACCAUACACGGCUUCCCAGCCAAAUCUUAAUGUAAAGUAGCUAGAGCCAUGGAAGUACAGUAUGAAUUAAAAGAAAAAGUAUUGAACUACAAAUAAUAAAUGGUGUGUGUGUUUA